AUGGUCAAUGAAAACACGAGGAUGUACGUUCCGGAGGAAAACCACCAAGGUUCCAACUAUGGGAGCCCACGCCCAGCUCAUGCCAACAUGAACGCCAAUGCAGCUGCAGGGCUCGCUCCCGAGCACAUCCCUACUCCAGGAGCAGCGCUGUCCUGGCAGGCAGCCAUUGAUGCCGCCCGGCAGGCCAAGCUAAUGGGCAGCGCUGGCAACGCAACCAUCUCUACUGUCAGUUCCACGCAGCGCAAGCGGCAGCAGUACGGGAAACCCAAGAAGCAGGGUGGCACAACUGCCACGCGGCCACCCCGUGCUCUGCUCUGCCUGACUCUGAAGAACCCCAUCCGGAGGGCAUGCAUAAGCAUCGUUGAAUGGAAAUCAUUUGAAAUCAUUAUUUUACUGACUAUUUUUGCCAAUUGUGUGGCCUUAGCGAUCUAUAUCCCCUUUCCAGAAGAUGACUCCAACGCCACAAACUCCAACCUGGAGCGAGUGGAAUAUCUCUUCCUCAUAAUUUUUACCGUGGAAGCAUUUUUAAAAGUAAUUGCCUAUGGACUCCUCUUUCACCCCAACGCUUACCUCCGCAAUGGCUGGAAUUUACUAGAUUUUAUAAUUGUGGUUGUAGGGCUUUUUAGUGCAAUUUUAGAACAAGCCACCAAAGCCGAUGGGGCCAAUGCGCUAGGAGGGAAAGGAGCUGGAUUCGAUGUGAAGGCACUGAGGGCUUUCCGCGUGCUUCGUCCCCUGCGGCUGGUGUCUGGAGUCCCAAGUCUCCAGGUGGUCCUGAACUCCAUCAUCAAGGCCAUGGUGCCUCUGCUGCACAUUGCCCUCCUUGUGCUGUUCGUCAUCAUCAUUUAUGCCAUCAUCGGCCUGGAACUCUUCAUGGGGAAGAUGCACAAGACUUGCUACAACCAGGAGGGCAUAACAGAUGUUCCAGCGGAAGAGGACCCUUCCCCUUGUGCUUUGGAGACAGGCCAUGGGCGGCAGUGUCAGAACGGGACCGUGUGCAGGCCCGGGUGGGACGGGCCCAAGCAUGGCAUCACCAACUUCGACAACUUCGCCUUUGCCAUGCUGACGGUGUUCCAGUGCAUCACCAUGGAGGGCUGGACGGAUGUGCUGUACUGGGUCAAUGAUGCCGUAGGAAGGGACUGGCCCUGGAUCUAUUUUGUUACACUAAUCAUCAUAGGGUCAUUUUUUGUACUUAACUUGGUUCUCGGUGUUCUUAGCGGAGAGUUUUCGAAAGAGAGGGAGAAAGCCAAAGCUCGGGGCGAUUUCCAGAAGCUUCGAGAAAAGCAGCAGCUAGAAGAAGAUCUCAAAGGCUACCUGGAUUGGAUCACCCAAGCAGAAGACAUUGACCCCGAGAACGAGGAUGAAGGCAUGGAUGAAGACAAGCCCCGAAACAUGAGCAUGCCCACAAGUGAGACUGAGUCUGUCAACACUGAAAAUGUGGCUGGAGGUGACAUCGAGGGCGAAAACUGUGGAGCCAGGCUUGCCCACCGGAUCUCCAAAUCCAAGUUCAGCCGCUACUGGCGCAGGUGGAAUAGAUUCUGCAGAAGGAAGUGCCGCGCAGCAGUGAAGUCCAACGUCUUCUACUGGCUCGUGAUCUUCCUGGUCUUCCUCAACACGCUCACCAUUGCCUCUGAGCACUACAACCAGCCCCACUGGCUCACAGAAGUGCAAGACACAGCCAACAAGGCCCUCCUUGCGCUCUUCACUGCGGAAAUGCUCCUGAAGAUGUACAGCCUAGGGCUGCAGGCCUACUUUGUGUCCCUCUUCAACCGCUUCGACUGCUUCAUCGUGUGUGGGGGCAUCCUGGAGACCAUCCUGGUGGAGACCAAGAUCAUGUCUCCCCUGGGCAUCUCUGUGCUGAGAUGUGUGCGCCUGCUCAGGAUCUUCAAGAUCACCAGGUACUGGAACUCCUUGAGCAACCUCGUGGCGUCCUUGCUGAACUCAGUGCGCUCCAUCGCCUCCUUGCUGCUACUCCUCUUCCUCUUCAUCAUCAUCUUCUCCCUCCUGGGGAUGCAGCUGUUUGGAGGGAAGUUCAACUUUGAUGAGAUGCAGACCCGCAGGAGCACCUUUGAUAACUUCCCGCAGUCACUGCUCACUGUGUUCCAGAUCCUGACCGGGGAGGACUGGAAUUCGGUGAUGUAUGAUGGGAUCAUGGCUUAUGGCGGCCCCUCUUUUCCAGGGAUGUUAGUCUGUAUUUACUUCAUCAUCCUCUUCAUCUGUGGAAAUUAUAUCCUACUGAAUGUGUUCUUGGCCAUUGCGGUGGACAACCUGGCUGAUGCCGAGAGCCUUACUUCCGCCCAAAAGGAAGAAGAAGAAGAGAAGGAGAGAAAGAAGCUGGCCAGGACUGCCAGCCCAGAAAAGAAACAGGAGGUGAUGGAGAAGCCAGCAGUGGAGGAGAGCAAAGAGGAGAAAAUUGAGCUGAAGUCCAUUAAUGCAGAUGGAGAGUCUCCGCCCACUACCAAGAUCAACAUGGAUGACCACCAGCCCAGUGAAAAUGAGGAUAAGAGCCCCCACUCUAACCCCGACACUGCAGGGGAAGAGGAUGAGGAGGAGCCGGAGAUGCCUGUGGGGCCACGCCCCCGGCCCCUGUCUGAGCUACACCUUAAGGAAAAGGCAGUGCCCAUGCCAGAAGCCAGUGCGUUUUUCAUCUUCAGCCCCAACAACAGGUUCCGCCUCCAGUGUCACCGCAUCGUCAAUGACACGAUCUUCACCAACCUGAUCCUCUUCUUCAUUCUGCUCAGCAGCAUCUCUCUGGCUGCCGAGGACCCCGUGCAACACACCUCCUUCAGGAACCAUAUUCUGUUUUAUUUUGACAUUGUUUUCACUACCAUUUUCACCAUUGAAAUUGCUCUGAAGAUCCUAGGCAAUGCAGACUAUGUCUUCACUAGUAUCUUUACAUUAGAAAUUAUCCUUAAGAUGACCGCUUACGGGGCUUUCCUGCACAAGGGCUCUUUCUGCCGAAACUACUUCAAUAUCUUGGACCUGCUGGUGGUUAGCGUGUCCCUCAUCUCCUUUGGCAUCCAGUCCAGCGCAAUCAACGUUGUGAAGAUUUUACGAGUGCUGCGGGUCCUCAGGCCCCUGAGGGCCAUCAACAGGGCCAAGGGGCUAAAGCACGUGGUCCAGUGUGUGUUUGUGGCCAUCCGGACCAUUGGGAACAUUGUAAUUGUCACCACCCUGCUGCAGUUCAUGUUCGCCUGCAUUGGGGUCCAGCUCUUCAAGGGGAAGCUCUAUACCUGCUCCGAUAGCUCCAAACAGACGGAGGCAGAAUGCAAGGGUAACUACAUCACAUACAAAGAUGGAGAGGUUGACCACCCGAUUAUCCAGCCUCGAAGCUGGGAAAACAGCAAGUUUGACUUUGACAAUGUUCUGGCAGCCAUGAUGGCCCUCUUCACCGUCUCCACCUUUGAGGGGUGGCCAGAGCUGCUGUACCGUUCCAUCGACUCCCACACCGAAGACAAGGGCCCCAUCUACAACUACCGUGUGGAGAUCUCCAUCUUCUUCAUCAUCUACAUCAUCAUCAUUGCCUUCUUCAUGAUGAACAUCUUUGUGGGUUUCGUCAUUGUCACCUUCCAGGAGCAGGGCGAGCAAGAGUACAAGAACUGUGAGCUGGACAAGAACCAGAGACAAUGUGUGGAAUAUGCCCUCAAGGCCCGACCCUUGCGAAGGUACAUCCCCAAAAACCAGCACCAGUAUAAAGUGUGGUACGUGGUCAACUCUACCUACUUCGAGUAUCUGAUGUUCGUCCUUAUCCUGCUCAACACCAUCUGCCUGGCCAUGCAGCAUUAUGGCCAGAGCUGCCUCUUCAAAAUUGCCAUGAAUAUCCUCAAUAUGCUUUUCACUGGCCUCUUCACAGUGGAGAUGAUCCUGAAGCUCAUUGCCUUCAAACCCAAGGGUUACUUUAGUGAUCCCUGGAAUGUUUUUGACUUCCUCAUCGUGAUUGGGAGCAUAAUUGAUGUCAUUCUCAGUGAAACUAAUCACUAUUUCUGUGAUGCAUGGAAUACAUUUGAUGCCUUGAUUGUUGUGGGUAGCAUUGUUGAUAUAGCAAUCACCGAGGUACACCCAGCUGAACAUACUCAAUGCUCUCCCUCUAUGAGCGCAGAGGAGAAUUCCCGCAUCUCCAUCACCUUCUUCCGCCUCUUCCGGGUCAUGCGCCUGGUGAAGCUGCUGAGCCGAGGAGAAGGCAUCCGGACCCUGCUGUGGACAUUCAUCAAGUCCUUCCAGGCCCUGCCUUAUGUGGCACUUCUGAUCGUGAUGCUGUUCUUUAUCUAUGCAGUGAUUGGGAUGCAGGUGUUUGGAAAGAUCGCCCUGAAUGACACCACAGAGAUCAAUCGGAACAACAACUUCCAGACGUUCCCCCAGGCUGUGCUCCUGCUCUUCAGGUGUGCCACCGGGGAAGCCUGGCAGGAUAUCAUGCUGGCCUGUAUGCCGGGCAAGAAGUGUGCCCCAGAGUCCGAGCCCAGCAACAGCACGGAAGGGGAGACACCCUGUGGCAGCAGCUUCGCUGUCUUCUACUUCAUCAGCUUCUACAUGCUCUGUGCCUUCCUGAUCAUCAACCUCUUUGUAGCUGUUAUCAUGGACAACUUUGACUACCUGACACGGGAUUGGUCUAUCCUUGGUCCCCACCAUCUGGAUGAAUUCAAAAGAAUCUGGGCCGAGUAUGACCCCGAAGCCAAGGGUCGGAUCAAACACUUGGAUGUGGUGACCCUCCUCCGUCGAAUUCAGCCCCCCUUGGGUUUUGGGAAGUUGUGUCCACACCGUGUGGCCUGCAAACGCCUGGUGUCCAUGAACAUGCCUCUGAACAGCGAUGGGACAGUCAUGUUCAAUGCCACCCUGUUUGCCCUGGUCAGGACAGCCCUGAGGAUCAAAACAGAAGGAAACCUAGAACAAGCCAAUGAGGAGCUGCGGGCCAUCAUCAAGAAAAUCUGGAAGAGGACCAGCAUGAAGCUGUUGGACCAGGUGGUGCCCCCUGCAGGUGAUGACGAGGUCACAGUCGGCAAGUUCUAUGCCACCUUCCUGAUCCAAGAGUACUUCCGAAAAUUCAAGAAGCGAAAAGAGCAGGGGCUGGUGGGCAAGCCCUCUCAGAGAAAUGCACUGUCCCUGCAGGCUGGCUUGCGCACAUUGCAUGACAUUGGGCCUGAGAUCCGACGGGCCAUCUCUGGGGAUCUUACCGCUGAGGAAGAGUUGGACAAGGCUAUGAAGGAGGCUGUGUCUGCUGCCUCCGAAGAUGACAUCUUCAGGAGGGCUGGAGGCCUGUUUGGCAACCACGUCAGCUACUAUCAGAGCGACAGCAGGAGCAACUUUCCCCAGACCUUUACGACCCAGCGCCCGCUGCACAUCAACAAGACAGGAAACAGCCAGGGUGACACCGAGUCUCCAUCCCAUGAGAAACUGGUGGACUCCACUUUCACCCCCAGCAGCUACUCAUCCACAGGCUCCAACGCCAACAUCAACAAUGCCAACAACACUGCCCUGGGUCGCUUCCCCCAUCCCACCGGCUACUCCAGCACGGUCAGCACUGUGGAGGGCCAUGGGCCUCCCUUGUCCCCUGCUGUCCGGAUACAGGAGGCAGCUUGGAAGCUCAGCUCUAAGAGGUGCCACUCCCGAGAGAGCCAGGGGGCCUCGGUGAGUCAAGAGAUGUUCCCCGAUGAGACCUGCAGCGUGAGGAUGAGUGAGGACGCCGAGUACUGCAGCGAGCCCAGCCUGCUCGCCACAGAUAUUCUCUCCUACCAGGAUGAUGAAAACCGGCAGCUGACGUCCCCAGAGGAGGACAAGAGGGAGAUGCAGCAGUCUCCGAAGAGGAGUUUCCUCCGCUCUGCCUCUCUAGGUCGGAGGGCCUCCUUCCAUCUGGAAUGUCUGAAGCGACAAAAGGAUCAAGGCGGGGACAUCUCUCAGAAGACAGCCUUGCCCUUGCAUCUGGUUCACCAUCAGGCAUUGGCAGUGGCAGGUUUGAGCCCACUGCUGCAGAGAAGCCAUCCUCCUACCAAGUUCCCCAGGCCAUGUCCCACACCCCCUGUCACUCCAGGCAGCAGGGGCAGGCCUCUCCAGCCUAUCCCCACCCUUCGGCUGGAAGGGGCUGAGUCCAGCGAGAAACUCAACAGCAGCUUCCCAUCCAUCCACUGCAGCUCCUGGUCUGAUGAGACCACUGCCUGUAGUGGGGGCAGCAGCAUGGCCCGGAGAGCCCGGCCGGUCUCCCUCACCGUGCCCAGCCCAGCUGGAGCUCCAGGGAGACAGUUCCAUGGCAGCGCCAGCAGCCUGGUGGAAGCGGUCUUGAUUUCAGAAGGAUUGGGACAGUUUGCUCAAGAUCCCAAGUUCAUCGAGGUCACCACCCAGGAGCUGGCUGACGCCUGUGACAUGACAAUAGAGGAAAUGGAGAACGCCGCAGACAACAUCCUCAGUGGGGGCGCCCAGCAGAGCCCCAACGGCACCCUCUUACCUUUUGUGAACUGCAGGGACCCGGGGCAGGACAGGGCUGUGGUCCCAGAGGACGAAAGCUGCGCAUAUGCCCUGGGGCGAGGCCGGAGCGAGGAGGCGCUCCCGGACAGCAGGGCGUACGUCAGCAACCUGUAGUCCGCAGGGCUGACGAGAUGCGGGUGUUUUUUAUUCGUUUCAAUGUUCCUAAUGGGUUCGUUUCAGAAGUGCCUCACUGUUCUCGUGACCUGGAGGUAACCGGAACAGCGUCUUCAUUCACUGCUGUCGGGACAAGCCUCAGAGCUGGGCGGUGUGCGGAGUCGGCUUGUCAGGGGAGAAGGCCAAGGCCGUGGUGCAGGGCUCCAGCACCUUCCCGCGGCAGCACCGCCCA